AUGACAACACCAAUAAAGAACAUCGUCAUAGUCGGCGGCGGAAUGUGCGGUCUCGCCUCCGCAAUAGCAAUCGCACAAGCAUUCUCUUCACACGAAAUUAAACCUCAAAUAACCGUCUACGAACUCCGCGACACACCCAGCACAUUCGGCGGCCCAGUCAAUCUCACACCCAAAGCACUACGCUGUCUCGACCAGCUAGAUGUAUUUGAAGAGUUGAAACGCCAGCGGUGGGGCUGUGAAGUAGACGCGAUCCAGUUAUUCUCAAUGCGAACGGGUGGUCAAAUUGCGGAGAUUGAUUAUUCUGGCGCUGAUGGAACGGGGUUCGGCGGGUAUAAGGGGUGGAGGGUGAUGCGAUUCGACCUUUUGAAAGCCAUGCUCAGUGUUGCGGAGCGGAUGCCGACGGUGCGGAUUUUGUAUGGGAAGAAAUUGACGAAGAUCGAUGAGGGGGAUGAUCAGGUUGAUGUUUAUUUUGAGGAUGGAGGGAGCGAUACUGCGGAUUUAGUGCUUGGUUGUGAUGGGAUUCAUUCGGCGACGAGGAGGGUUUUGGUUGAAGCGGAUCGGGAGCCGGAUUAUUCUGGAUGGGCGGCGGCUUAUGGGUUUGUGGAGGCGAAGGAAUUGUUUGCUGAGGAGGAAAAGCCGUUCUUUGAGGAUACUGCGCUUGUUAUGUCGAGAUAUGGAUCUGCACUGACGACGUUCUGUGAUGAUGCUCGAAGCUUGAUCUAUACGGUGCUGUUGAUGGAGAUGGAGGAGCAGGGGUCAAGGGAGGGAUGGAAGUCUAUUGGGAAAGAUCAGGAGAGAGUACGUCUGGAGGGAGUUAGGAGAUCUCAGGAUUCACGUAUUCCGAAGAUCGGGCAGAUGAUCGAGAAGGUCAAGGAUUGGACGCUUUAUCCGAUCCAUGUUUUGCCUCCGAAUGGUCGAUGGCAUACGAAUCGGGUUUUGUUACUAGGUGACGCUGCUCAUGCGAUGCCACCAAAGGGAGAAAGUAUCGGCCAUGCCUUCGAAGACGCAAUCAAGUUUUCACGCAUACUCGCUCACUAUGGGAGUGAGCCUCCAAGUGUCUCAUUCGAGUUCUACGAGAGUGUUCAACGCAAGAAGACUGAAGAACUUUACCAGGUUUCGUCCACUGGAUGGAAGUCCAAUAAAGAUAUAGGGACCAUCGGCGGUCGGCUUCUGGAAUGGUUCACACCAUGGUAUUUAUGGUGGACUAAAGGAUCUUCGGAGAAAGAUCUAUUGACUGACCCGACUAAUAUUCAGUUUCCUUGA